UCGAACAUUGCGCACGUAUACGUACGUAGGUACUCGGUGGCGGGUCGCAUGGCACGUUGACGGACGUCGAGAGGGUGACCCCGCAGGUGUGUACGCAUUUAUCGUCUGGCGUGAGGCAUCGAAAUCCAAGGAGAGUCUCGGUGGGUGGAGGCAAGCGUCCGCCUCUCGGCCAAUGCGAAUGCCGACUCCCUGGGGGCGACCGAUCCUCCGGGGGUCCCUGAUCCCUCUCUCUUCUCCUCGGCGAGUCACUCUAAGGACUCGUACCGUGCUGCCUGCCUGCCAGUCUCUCUAGUCACUCUACGGCUAGGCCCCCUCGGCUUCCUCCUUAGUCUUCGUUAAACCCGAGACCAGCUAAGACGCUCAGCUAAAACUUGUUAAACUGACGUGCACGGGACUCGGUGAUUCUCGAGCAUCACCCUUCGCCUUGAAAAGGGUGCCCCGAACCGCCAGCACCCCGGACGGGAGUGUCGCGUUGUGAAUGUCGGAUGGUUUGUUUGAUUUUUUUGAUUUUUUGAAAAAGAACAGUUUCAUUUAAUCGACGAGUUUGAUUUUUGGCCUUUUCGUUUUUCUCGUAUCUCGCUCGUUCAAUUUUGUUAUGUGCGAAGACGUGGUAAGUCCGGGACCGCAGUGUUGUGACACAGAGAAGAAUACGGAUCUUCAGCGUCUCCGUUAGAUCGAAGAUUCGUUUCGAUAUCGAUAUCGAGGCUCCGAGUGAAACGCACCGGGGAAAACGGAAUUUUCGAAAAAAUGCUGUUCAAAGGUAAUAGCUCCAGGCUCGAACUGCUGAUCGGAAAAAUACAAGCGCACAAGGAAUCGCCGUCGCCACCGCAGGACGAAAAAUGUCACCCAAAAUCCAAAGAAGCUCUGGGCACCGGAAGUUCGUCGUGGCACAGCGAGGACGGUGGUCCGGUAUCGAGAAGGGGUGGCGACACGCCAUCUUCUUGCGCUACGCCGACGUCCGCCAGUUUUCCAUCGGAACCGGAAGCGGAAGGUGAAAACGGUUCGCACAACGACCUCAACAAUCCGGCGGCUCCUUACCCCUGCCAAUUCUGCGACAGAUCGUUCCCCAGGUUGAGUUACCUCAAGAAACAUGAACAGAGCCACGGCGAUCAGAUGCCCUACAAAUGCAGUUGGUGCGCAAGAUUGUUCAAACAUAAACGUAGCAGAGAUCGACACGUUAAAUUGCACACCGGCGACCGGAGAUAUCGAUGCACGCACUGCGAGGCUGCUUUCUCCAGGAGCGACCACCUGAAGAUCCACAUGAAGACGCACGACACCCAAAAACCCUAUCAAUGCACCGCGUGUUCCAGAGGUUACAAUACCGCCGCCGCUCUCACCUCCCACAUGCAGUCGCACAAAAAGCAUCACGGACACAAUCAGGGCUCGAAAAUUGAAUCGGACUUCGGUCGGAGGAGCGUGUCGUCCCACAGCACCGCUUCGCCGCCCGUUCCGAAUUCGCCUUCGCCGAGUUUGAAUCUCACUUUGAACGCGAGAAACCAGAGCAAAGGCUCGCCGAUGGUUCCUAGCGCCUCGAAUACCCCGAUUCUACACUCACCCAUGAAACUCGCCUGCAUGUACUGCACCAGAGACUCCUUCACCAGCAUGCAACAACUCCAGAUGCACGUCCACGCGAUGCACCGAGCAAUACUCAGCGGAGAAAACCUGACCAUGCCGUCCCCGGGGCAAAUGUCCGAGGUCUCAGGUCUCUCGAGGGACAAGAUCUUCGAGAGUCGGGAGAAGACGUUCAACGAAAACGACAAGAAACACGCGGAGGACCGUGAGAAGCUCGUCGAAGGCGCUAAUCUAUGCGUGAAGAAGGAGUACUUCGACAAUAGCUUCUCGUGCGGACAGUGUACCAUGAAAUUUUCGAACCUGAGCACGCUCAGGGAUCAUUUGAUAUCGAUUCACCGCGUCGACGGGUUCGGGGCGACCCUGAUGUGCCCUCUGUGCGGAAUUCCCUGUGUGUCCGCCGCCGCUUACGCCGAACACUACGUUCUCCAACACUGCGACGAUCGGAGGAUAAAUUACGCGGAAAAAAUGGACUACUCCGACUUCAAGAGUAACUCGAGGAUCGCUGCUCGCAAAGCGGAAUCAAUCGCCAACAGUAACAAGUGUUCGAGAGACGAGAGAGAAAUGAUCGUUAAAACGAACAGAGAGCUGGUCGCCGAGCCCAAGAUGAACUCGAACGGCAGCUACGAAUCGAAGGAACAACCCGCGGAUCUUACCAACAAACACGUAAGACCCGCCGAACCUUAUUCGGCGGGUACUCUGCUUUGCGGGCAGUGCGGAGCCGCUUUGAAGGAUUUCGAAUCCUUCAGAGAGCACUUGGCCAGACAUUUGCAAGCCGAUCAUCGUAAGGAAGCGGCGAAGAAUCCGUGUCCGAAAUGCGAGGCGUCCUUCCAGGACAGAGAAGAGAUGCUCGUGCAUUUGACGAAACAUUUUCUCGGUCAGGUGACCAAGGAGUACGUGUGCGGGGUGUGCAAAAAAUUUUAUCCCCACCCUGACCUCCUGCAAAGGCAUCUGCUCGACUCCCAUGCCCACCAUUUGUACAGGUGCGCUUUGUGCAGGGACACGUUCGACUCCAGAGUGGCCAUCCAGGUUCACUUCGCCGUCAAACAUAGUCAGGAGUGUCGCAUAUACCGAUGCAACGUAUGCCCGGCGACAAACAACGAAAACUCCCCGGGGAACUCACCGGGUGGUGCGAACGGUAACCUGUUCCGCAGCGAGGCCGAGAUGGCAUCUCACGUGAGAGCGGUCCAUGCGCCUCCCGUUACCGCUAUCGACAGUCCGAUGGUACUCAGGAGUCCGUCGAGCACACCGAGUACAUUGGGGGCUAAUUUGAGGUGUGUGUUCUGCGGCGUUUGCUGCGCUUCCGAUCUCGAACUUCAGUUGCACCUGGCGAAUCACUCGGCUAGUUUGUACCGUUGCCCGAUUUGCCGGGAGGGUUUCGCGGUGGAAUUCUUACUCGAUAAACACAUGCAGUCCCAUCACAUCGGCAAUAUGCCGAACGCGCAAAGCAACGCGGCGCAGACCGCCCACGAAAACGGCAGAUCAGCUACGAAUUCCAGGACCGCUCACAACCCGGACGAGGCCGUCAGGAUCCAGAAGAGGGGCAGGUCGCCCGCGAGCAGUAACAAUAAUUCCCUCAACCAAAGGGACAACAAUAAUAAAAGACCUAAUUACGGUAGCAACGCGCAGCAUUGCGAACUAUGCGAAAGAGGGGAGUUCGCGAACGACGCCGAACUGCAAGCCCACAAAAAGCUAGCUCACACGCCGCCUAAGGCGCAAAACAAGUCGUUGGCUACUCUGAGCCUGACGUGCGCCUACUGCGGAGAAGUUUGCCGAUCGAGAAGCGAACUCGAGUCGCACACUAGGAUACAACACGCUUCGAAUGAACCGGGAGGUCGACACAAGUGCAACAUAUGCGACGAGGUCUGUCCAUCUGGAUCCACCCUCGCCGAGCAUAAGCUACAGAAACACUGUAAGAUUCUGGUAAGUGACACGUGCGUCGUGUGCCGUGGAACCCUCAACUCUGAAAGCCAGUUUCUCGAGCACGUGCAACGACAUAGUCUGGAGAAUGUCGACCCCCAGCAGAGGGUCGAUAACUCGUUACCUCAUCUCCCAUCGCCCUGCGUUAUCUGUCGUCAAACGCUCAUCAGCGACUUGGAAUGCCGUUUGCACGCAAGGUACCACCUGAGAGCGACUAGUUCGCAGAAUUCGAGUCCUAAUCUGAGCCGCAAGUCCCCGAAUUUGAGCUGCUGCCUUUGCCUGCGUGAAUUUCCCGCUGAAGACUUUGUCAGUUUACCUUCGAAUCCUGCCAGUGGCGCGAGCCAGUCGCAGCUCCAGGUGUGCAAGUCCUGCUACGUCCGACACACCCAGGGCUUACCGAUUCUCCAUUCGCCCUACGAACACGUUAGGCAGGGAGCGAAGGACGAACGUACUUGGGACCAAACGAGAGACAAAUGGGACCCGAAGUCGCGUCCUCAUAAGGAUUACGGCGAGCCGCAGGAAUCGAAGGUCAUCGCUACGGAAGACGAAAUACCGAGGUGUGAAGAUUGCGGUGUUAAGUUUGAAGCCGUAGAAGAAUUGGAAGCCCACAGGAUACAGGAACAUCCGCAGCGCGAGGAAAGUCAUCCAAAAACUUACACCUGCAUUCAAUGCCAGAUUCCUUUCGCGACGGAAAGUGAGAUACAGAAACACGUGAGGCAGGAGCAUCUCGAGUCUAUGGGAAAAUCCUGCGAAUCUUUAAGGUGUCAUUUAUGCCCCACCGAGGCUUCGAGUCCCUUACAACUCCAAGCGCACUUGAUUGAGCACACUUUCGCCGGUUGUGCAGCCCUAAGUUGUUACAUUUGUCAGGCCUUGUUCACGGCGCCCGCCGGACUGCAGAACCACAUGCUUCAGCAACACGGUCUAGGUGCUCGUCCUUACGACUGCAGUUUAUGUAGUCUGAAAUUCUUCUUCCGUGCAGAACUUGAUCAUCACCUCAUCACUUCGCAUCGUGGACGAGAUUCAGCGUCACCGCGCGAUCAUCAGCUGCCUUCAACUGCAAUUGUAGUAAAAAAUUUUGGGGCCGAGAAGGAAGUCCCCGAACAGAGAAGUCAAAAGGUCAGAGUGAAAGACGAGGUGGUGGCUGCGGUAGAGGAGGAAGAUGUUAACGUCGACGAGCAGGAUGACGAAGGACGAGAACAGGACCAAGUCGAAGAUCAAAAUCUCGGAGCGGCGGGUGAAGGGAGUGAAGGUAAAAUAGAGGGGGGGCACCAGACGGAAAGAUCAGCUGAAAAACCUGAAUCGUGAUCAGCUGGGGCGAAACAUGAUCGAGAGCUGUAGGUAAAAAAAACUGACCGAUUGACUUUUCAUUCGACUACUAUUUCCUUUCGCUCAACCAACUUUGUUGGGUAAUUUCGAGUGCUACCGACUUGAGAAAUAUAUGAAGAUCUUCUCAAUCGUUCCAGACUUUCGGUUUUUGUGAUUAUUGUUGAGGAUUUAUUUAUCCACGUAAAAAUCCACCGACGAUACGAUUAGCACCCGAUGCUAUUACAUCGUUAUAUAUUCGUACGAAAUCGCGCGAAGAGAAUCUACCGCAAAGUAUAAAGUUGUUUGCGUAAAAAGCUGUAAAUAUUUUUUAAGCUGUCAAUAUAAACGAAUUAACAUAUAACUUUAAUACUGUAGUUGAAUUUGGCUAUGAAAUAGUAUUCGAUUAUUCGCGUUGAGUUUUUCAUUGUUUAUCUGUCCGAUAGUUUUUUCUAUAAAAAUUAUCAUUGCUAGCAUAAAUAUUAUCAAUUAUUGCCACUGUUAUCCUUAUCAUCGUCAUUAUUAUGGUAAUAACUAUUAUUCUCAUAUUCAUUAUUAAUAUCAUCAUUGCUUCUAUUAUCAUUAUUACGAAUAUUAUGAAUAUUAUUGCUAUUAUUAUAAUUCUUAUUAUUUAUGGUGAAGAAGUUUAUUUCACAAAAAAAGCCUUUAUCACUUUCAACGUGUACAAUUGCUGUUUUUUUUUUCAGUAGAAUGAAUAAGCAUCGAAUAAAUUCCAUUCAUAUUCAUAUUCAUGCAUAAAUGAUCAUGAUGCAUUGUUUAGGUGUGGGUAAGAUAGGGAUGAUAUAUAAAUUUAUUAUUUAAUCAUUUUUCAAUCCUUUAAUUGAAUACUUUCCUUAUACUGCUGCCCUGCUCUCGUAAUUAUUUAUGUUACAACUAACUAUGAAUAUGUUCACGAGUGGGCAUCAUCACAUAAAUCAUGCUAUUGGAAAAAAUGACCUAUGGAAAGAAUCCUCAUCGUUUUUCCAAAGCAAUGCAUAUAGUUUUCAUAUUGUAAAUACACGUGUUGAAGUUACAUCGACAGCAGGUCGAGGCUAUUAAUUUAUUAUCGAUUAUUAUAUCAUAUGACAUAUGUAUAGGUCCUCUAUAAAUAUGUACGUAUGACUAAGGAUUUGAAAAAAAAAACGGAAUUUAAAGAAAAUGAAUCAAUAAAAUGAGUUUUAAAAAAACUGCAAUAACCUGUCCACUAGAACUAGAAAAAUGAUAAAAUAGUACUGUACGAAAUAAAUUAUUGUUCUAAAUCCUA